AUGGGAAAUCAGCAGUUUGAAGCUAAUGAGUCUGAAACUAACAUUACUCAAUAUUAUCAAAAAAUGCUCAAUUAAAACAAAGAAAACAUUCCUUAUCAAUAUUCAAACACUCCUAAAUUAUUGAGUGCAGAAAGUAGAAAUAAAUUGAGACCUACAUCUAAAAUCAAUUUAGAUAUGAAAUUAUGUUCGAAAUCUUCAGAAAAAUAGUUUCAUGGCAUAUAAUAAGUAUGAUUUAAUAUGAUAUAAUAUAGAAAAUGUUUUAAGAAACACCAAUUGUAAGAAAUCCUUUAGAGAAAUUACAUAGAAAGAGAAGUAGUACAAAAAUAGUUUAAGAGAAUGAUGAAUCUCAUAUUCAAUUACUUGAUCUUCUAAAGAAUAUGGUAAGACAUUAAGAUUCAACAAUGUAAAGUAGUCAAGUUAAAAUUACAGAAUAAUCAUGUUAAGAUUAUGAUAAAAAGAAACUGAUAAUUGAUUCAGAUUAAUUUUAUAAACCAUAAAUAGAAGAUAGACCAUUAUAAUUUAAUAAUAGAAGAAGAUCAAAAACAUUUGAAGAAUCCUUUAGAACAUUAAUAUCAAAUGAAGAUAGAUGUUAACCUUUAAAAAUGAAUAGAAGAGAAAGCAAAGAAGAAGAAGCUCUAUAAUUUAUAUUAUAAAAUUGUACUUAAACUCAAUCAAGAAUAGAUCAAUAAAUAUCAAAUAGUAUAACUUUUGAAUCUUUAGAAAGUGAUUGGUAAGCUUUGACUAAAAAGAAUUCUAAAUAAUUAGAAACUCCUGGAACUGCUUAAUUUUAAGGAUUAAAUAAAGAUGAUAAAAUGUUUGAACUCUCUACAUCUAAUUUUAUAGAAUAAAAUAAUGAAGACUAAUUAUAAUCUAGAAGACCAUCUUGUAUGGAAUCUACUUUUCUAAUUCCUAUGGUAUUACAUUCACAAAAUAGUUUGGAAUAUGAUGAUUCUAAAGAUAUUUAUCAAAAUUCUAAACCUACUUAACCAUAUGAAUAUAAAAGAAGUUAAGUAACUAAAAUUAAUGGAUUAUUAUCAUAAUAAUAAUCAAAACAUUAAUUAAAUAAAUUUGAUUGUAAAAUCAAUUCAACCAGUAGAAAUUAAGUUUAACCUAUGAAAAAGAUAAUCUAAACUUUAGCAACAGGAUUACCUAAUAAAGCUCCAUUAAAACAUAAAUCACUUCAUUAAUAAUCUGAACAUACACUUUCAUUACCUUUAUAAAUGAUUAAUUCAAAAAUAGGUUUUAGAUCUAAUUUGAGUUUUGUUUAGAAUGUUCCUUAAUCAUCUUUAUCAUCUAAAAAUGGUAGAAAUCAAUUUGAUUCAAAAACAUUUAAAACAAAAGAAACAGUAAUUCAUCCUGAAGAAUAAUGGUUAAAUAAUUCUAAAUUAGAAUAUAAAAAAAUAAUGUUAAUUUUAGAUGAAUAAUAAUAAUAAUAAUAAUAAAUUUAGAAUUUUAGCAUUUAAAAUAAAAGUGAAAUGAUUUCAAAUACUUUUAAUAGUUCAGAUAUUAAUUGUUCAUAAAGAUUUUAGUUAGAUGAUCUUAAUUUCAAAAUUAAACCUCAUCUUGAAGAUAAAAACACUUAAACAUAAUUAAAAGAUUUAUAAAAAAAUUUCAUAAAUAGAUUAUCAUAACCAAAAAGUAGAUGUAGUUCAAGAACAAAUGAUACUAAUCCUUAUUGGAAAUUAAGAGAAGUAGAUCAAUCAAAAAGAUCCAAAAGAAAAUGA